ACACAACACUCGCACUGACACCGUUCGUUCAUAAAAAAAGGGGAGAUCUCAAAACAAAUCUUUUUUUUAAAAAGAAAAAUCUGUUUAUUAUUAUUCGAAGAAGAAAAUAAAAAUUAAAGGGAAAUUAAUAUGAAAGGUGGUGAUGGAAUUAUAGUAGGAGCAGUCAAGAGCAACUGUUGUUGUAAUUGGUUGAUUAAUUUUGGUUUUGGAUUAUUAUUAUUAUUCUUACUUCUUCAUCUUCUCAUUAUUAUUGUUUUUUCUCGGUUCUUUUAUUAUUCUUCUUUGUUGUUGUUGUUCUUUUUCAAUCCCUCAUCACACGCUGCUUUUCUAUUUUCCUUUUACCUUAAUUUAUUAUUGUUAUUGUCAAUUUCGUCAUUCGCUAAUCCUUGUUCUGCCUUUUUUCCAUUCCUUGACUAUCACGGAAUUUUGGUUCAAGAAGAGAGAGAAAGCCGUAGAGAUAGAAACACAAACUCAAUUGAUUCUUUUCGGGUACCCUAAUUUUGGUGUUGCUUCGUUUGGUUUCUUUCUUUUACUUGUUUUCUCUAGCGUGUUCUGCGAUUUCUAGGGUUUGUGAAAGGGGGAAUCACGGAUAGAGGGAGAAAGUUUCGAUCUUUGAUCGAUUUUCGUCGAUGGAGGGGGAGGGUGGUUCAGAGGGAGAGAAUAAUCAGAGAAGGGGUGGCACAGAUGAUAAUAGCAAUGAAAAUAUCAAUGGAAGCAAUAGCAAAGUUGCGAAUUCCAAUGAGGGGCAGAGCAAGCCCAAGCGCCAGAUGAAGACACCCUAUCAACUCGAAACCCUCGAGAAAGCUUAUGCCUUGGAGACGUACCCUUCUGAGGCUAUGAGGGCCGAGCUAUCGGAGAAAUUGGCGUUGUCUGAUCGGCAGCUGCAGAUGUGGUUUUGCCACCGGAGGCUGAAAGACAAGAAAGACUUGCCCCCCAAGAAGCCGCCGAAGAAGGCCGUGGAGAAAGUGCGGGAGCCAGAGCCUGAACCAGUGCCGGAUUCCCCAGUGGAUGACCACAGAUUGGGCCCCGAGCUAGGCAAUGAGGAUGGAUCCGGGUCUGGUUCUGGGUCAAGCCCGUUUACCCGGUCAGAGUCCAGGAGUGUGGCGCCACGGGGUUAUUAUGAAUCACAGCAGGCUGCGCUCGAGCUCAGAGCAAUUUCUUGUGUGGAGGCACAGUUAGGGGGGCCAUUGAGGGAAGAUGGACCCAUUCUAGGAAUAGAGUUUGAUGCAUUGCCACCAGAUGCAUUUGGGGCGCCCUUAGCAACCAUUGCAGAACAGCAGAAGCGACCAAGUCAUGCCUAUGACAGUAAAGUUUAUGAAAGACAUAAUGCUAGACCAAAUAAGGCUAUGUCAAGGGCAUUCCAUGAAUAUCAAUUUCUACGGAACCAGGCUGGCCCCAGGUCUGAUGGUUUUGGACAAUAUCCCCAACAUCAUUUACAUGAUCCGAUGGAAGGUCCUGCAAGAAAUACCCAUUUUGCACAUGGAACUGAACAGUUACAUAGAAGUCAUGCUACCCAAGGUCAUUCUUCUCGAGUCCGUAUUUUACCUCAACAAGAUAAGCAAGGGAUUCCUCAUCCAUCUCCUCCUCAAGAUGAUGAUGUUGCUUCCCAAAAGCAAUUGCACACAAAUGUAGUGAACACUGGAGUGAACUCUCAUUCUACUGAUUACCAAAUUGUUGGGCCCGAAAAUCCCUAUAACCCACCAGGUGGACAAGUUUCCCAUAUCACUACAAUGCAGAUUGAGAAAAAACGAAAGAGUGAUGAUGCUAGAAGUGCAAGGGAAGUUGAAGCCCAUGAGAUGAGGAUCAAGAAAGAGCUUGAGAAACAAGAUAACCUUAGACGAAAGAAUGAAGAGCGAAUGAGGAAAGAAAUGGAGAGACAAGAUCGUGAAAGAAGGAAGGAAGAAGAAAGGUUGAUGCGUGAGAGACAGCGAGAAGAGGAAAGAUUAAGGCGUGAGCAAAAACGUGAGCUCGAACGAAGGGAAAAGUUUUUGCUGAAAGAAAAUUUGAAAGCUGAGAAAAUGAGGCAAAAGGAAGAGCUUCGCAAAGAGAAAGAAGCAGAGAGACGCAAAGCUGCCUUGGAGAAGGCAACUGCUCGUAGAAUAGCCAAGGAAUCCAUGGAACUAAUUGAAGACGAACAACUGGAAUUGAUGGAGCUUGCUGCUUCAAGCAAGGGAUUGUCCUCUAUAAUUCAUCUUGAUUUUGAUACUCUGCAAAACCUUGAAUCAUUUAGGGAUUCAUUGUGUGUUUUCCCACCUAAGAGUGUAAAGCUAAGAAAACCAUUUGCGAUCCAACCCUGGAUUAACUCAGAAGAGAAUGUUGGCAACCUUCUCAUGGUUUGGAAAUUUUUGAUUACUUUUGCUGAUAUUCUUGAGUUGUGGCCUUUUACUCUCGAUGAGUUUGUGCAAGCUUUUCAUGAUUAUGAUUCAAGACUGUUGGGUGAAAUACAUGUUGCUCUCCUUAAGGUGAUAAUAAAAGACAUUGCAGAUGUUGCAAGGACACCUUCCACUGGAUUAGGAAUGAGCCAAAAUGGUGCAGCUAAUUCAGGAGGUGGCCAUCCAGAGAUUGUGGAAGGGGCAUAUGCAUGGGGCUUUGACAUACGUAAUUGGCAUAAGCACUUAAAUCAGUUGACAUGGCCAGAAAUUUUUCGACAGCUAGCAUUAGCAGCAGGUUAUGGACCACAGUUGAAGAAAAGAAAUAUUACAUGGUCAUAUGCAAAUGAUAAAGAUGAGGGCAGGAGUUGUGAAGAUAUCAUUUCUACACGUGGUGAAGGAUUGACAGUACUAGAACUUGCAGAAAAAAUUCAGAAAUCCGGCCUUCGGGACCUGACAACUAGCAAGACACCGGAGGCCUCGAUUUCUGUCGCUUUGACAAGAGAUGCUAAGCUUUUUGAAAGAAUAGCUCCAUCGACAUAUCGCGUACGUACUGCAUUUAGAAAGGAUCCAGCGGAUGCCGAGUCUAUUCUUUUAGAAGCAAGAAAGAAAAUUCAGAUAUUUGAAAAUGGGUUUCUAGCUGGUGAAGAUGCUGAUGAGGUUGAACGAGAAGACGAUAUUGAAAGAGAUGAUGUUGAAAGAUAUGAUGAUGUAGAAAGAGAAGAAGAGUCAGAAAGUGAAGAAGUUGAUGAUGAUCCUGAAGUUGACGAUUUGCUAGGUCCUUCAAGUGCUAACAAAACAUCUGUUCUGUGUGAUGAUUUCUCAUCUAUUGGAAAAGAAAGUUUGGGUCAUAAGGUAGAACUUAUUCAAGAUCAGUUUGAGAAGGAUCUUCCGGAGAAUGGUACUAAGGAUGUGGAUGGUUCUAAAGAUGCUCAUCUUCCAGAUGCUAUCACUGGACAACCCGUUAUUACAAACUUUGAGGAAGAUAAUAUGGAAAUUGAUGAAAGCAAGACUGGAGAGUCAUGGGUUGAAGGGCUUGCAGAAGGAGAAUAUUCUGAUCUCAGUGUAGAGGAACGUUUAAAUGCUCUUGUUGUAUUGGUUGGUGUAGCAAAUGAAGGAAAUUCAAUCCGCGUUGUUCUUGAGGAUCGUUUGGAAGCAGCAAAUGCUCUGAAGAAGCAAAUGUGGGCAGAAGCUCAGAUAGAUAAAAUUCGACUGAGAGAUGAUAAUGUAAAUAAAUCAGAUUUUCCAUCUAUCAAUGGGAAUAAAGUUGAACCACAAUACACAAGUCCUGCUGUGGGGGGGAACCAAAGCCCAUUGCUUGACAUAAACAUUGACAAUAAUAAUAAUAAUGAGGCAUCGCCUAGCACUGCAGAAAAUAAAAAGGCUGCAGUUGUACAGAACCUUGCCAUGGAAAAGCCCUCAAUAGGUCAAGAUUACUGCAUUGGUCCAGAUAACCCUCAAACUCAACUAUCUGCUCCCUAUUCGAAAAGGUCUCGUUCUCAGUUGAAAUCAUAUAUUUCUCACAUGGCAGAAGAGAUGUCCGUAUACAGGUCUUUACCCCUUGGUCAAGAUCGCAGACAUAAUCGCUAUUGGCAAUUCGUUGCAUCUGCUUCUUGCAAUGAUCCUGGCUCUGGCAGGAUCUUUGUUGAAUAUCUUGAUGGCAAUUGGAGGCUUAUUGAUUCUGAAGAGGCCUUUGAUGCUCUUUUUAAUUCACUGGAUUUGCGUGGGAUCAGGGAAUCUCAUUUGCGCAUAAUGUUGCAAAAGAUUGGAAGUUCCUUCAAAGAAAAUGUUAGGAAGAAUGCACAAUCUGCCAAUAUUGGAAGCAGAGAUGAAACUAAUAUUAAAAAUGAAGCUGAUGAAGCAGAGUCCAGUCCUGAUUGCCAUGCAUUGUCUGACAGUCCCAGCAGUACACUCUGUGGCUUGAACUCUGAUACAUCUGAAACUUCUUCAUCAUUCAAAAUUGAGCUUGGGAAAAGUGAGAGUGAGAAGAAAGGUGCCUUUAGAAGGUAUCAAGAUUUCCAGAAAUGGAUGUGGAAAGAAUGCUAUAACUCAUCCAUAUUAUCUGCAAUGAAAUAUGGGAAAAUGAGAUGCAAACCUCAGGUGGACAUCUGUGAUAUCUGCCUCAACCCUUAUUUCUUUGAAGACUCCCAUUGCAAUUGUUGCCAUCGUACUUUUCCCUCAAAUAACGGAUUUAAUUUUUCAAAACAUAUAUUUCAAUGUGGGGGCAAGUUGUCCAAAGAUAUUUGUAUUCUGGAUUGUUCUCUUCCCUUGCGGACAAGAUUGCUUAAGGCCCUGCUGGCUUUUAUUGAGGCAUCUGUUCCCUCCGAAGCAUUUCAAUCAACUUGGACAGAAGAUACUAGAAGGCAUUGGGGUUUGAAGUUAAGCAAAUCAUCUUCUGUCGAGGAACUUCUUCAGUUAUUGACUGUGUUUGAGAGAGCAAUAAAGCGAGAUUUUUUAUCGUCAUCCUUCUCAACAACACAAGAAUUGUUGGGAUCAAGCAGCAUGUCAGAGAGUGCUUUUACCGAUCCUGAAUCUGUUGCUGUACUUCCAUGGGUUCCACAGACCACCUCAGCUGUGUCUCUCAGACUCUCUGAGUUUGAUGCGUCCAUUAGCUAUGUUCAGCUUGAAAAAUCUGAGCAUCGCAGGGAGAAAGAAACUAUAGAAUACAUGAAGCUUCCUUCAAGAUCUAAUCCUUUCAAAUCUAGUAGAGUAGUGGAACCAGCAGACUUGGACCAUGAUGAAUUCAUGAAAGUUAGGUCUGCUCCCAUGAAAAUUGUACAAAGUGGCAAUAAACGUGGACGGGGGAAUAGUGAUAAAGGACGGGGUAAAAAGAUAGCUAAAAGAAUGCAUGAUUCCAAACAAGAUACUGGCCGCCGCAGUGUUAAGGUCACAGAGAAUCUUAGUCAAAGACUAAAACAGCAGGGGCGAGGAGCACAAGGACAAAGUGGUGGACGUGGUCGCCGAACUGUCAGGAAAAGACGAGUGGAAAAGAGGGCUGUUGAAGAUUUGCUGCUGGGCCACAAGGCUGGCACACACAGUUCCAAUAUUGUUAGAGAACCAUUGAGAAACCUGGAUGAGGAAUGGGACGAUGAUGAAAAGGCAAGUCCCAUGACUUCCAUCCACAUGGGGGCUGUCGACAAUAGUAACAGUGCCGAAGAGGCAGAUUCUGAUGACAAUGCUCAAGUAGCAGAGUCCAACGACAAUGCUCAAGCAGCAGAUUCGGAUGAAAAUGCUCAAGAAGUGGAUUCCGAUGACAAUCCUCUAGAAGUGGACUCAGAUGACAAUGCUCAAGCAGUGGACUCGGAUGACAAUGGCCAAGCAGUGGAAUAUGAUCAAGGAAACUGGGGAAUAGGUUUCAAUAACACCCCCAACAGGUGGAGUAGGGAUGUGGUUGGAAUGAUGGAUGAAGAUGUAGAAGCUUCAGACGAGGACAAUGACAACAAUGUUGGGCUUGAAGAGAACGAAGAGGAAGAAUCAGAGGGUGAUGAUGUUUUGAGUGAGGAGGGUUCAGAUGGAAUUGCAGAUAGAGUUUUGAAUGAUGACUCGGACUCUGAUGAUUCUGAAGAUUCAUCUGAUUAGAACAAUGUUUUUGAUUCAACGGAAGGAAGGGGUUGGAUGUGGAGGCUGCAUUACAUUUUUGAUAUUGCAGCUUUAAUACUAAGUAUGAAGCACCAAGUCAUGCCAUUCCGUGGCUUGAAACUGAGAGUAGACAGAGAUACAUUGUAUAUUAUCCAUUGCAAAAAUGGAGCUUUGUAAUUUUAAGCACUCUGAAACGGAGGGAGGGCCUUUAAGGCCGCCCUUACCCUUAUUGCUUCUUUCCUGGUUAUAGAUAUUCAUUAAUUAAUAAAGGUCUUAUACCUUAGUUAUUAUUUAAGUCAA